AUGAAUGGCGCACGAUGCAGGUAACGUGAUAUGACCAGUGCCGGGAAUCUGAUGGCGCGGAAUGUGCUGAGGAUAGUGAAUGGGGGAGAAGGCAUGAUGCUACUCAUGCUGCAGGUGCGGCUGCCGUGUGGAGGGAGACAGAAGCUGGAGACACUUUCCCCUCUCUCCUUCUCUGUCUCUCCAACACACCUAAAAUCUGGAGGCGCCGAGGCGGUGAUUCUCCUCCUCGUCUGCAGCACACCACCACCACCACCACCACCGCCACCAGUGCGCACCACCAGCACAGUCUGGAGGAUAGGAGGAAAUGUUGCUCCAGAUACCAAGCUUGAAAAUCCAAGGCAAAUAGACUUGUGGAUGUCUGGUGUUGCAUUGUUAGAAUCUGGAGGUGUGGAUCCUCACUCCUUGAUCAAGCAGCAGCAGUGGCAGCAGUCAUUGCUGCCCAGAGGAGGAAGCAUCAGGAUGCAUCUGAGAGUGUUCAUUGGUUGCCGGAGGCGAUAUGUCACUGAUUCAAUGUAACACGCAAGGCAGCCAAUCACAGGAAGGCUUUGUGUUAUCACCAAGAAUGCAAUGAAACAUUGUUUAUAAACUGUUAUGUGCCCACAGCCACCAAUCAUCAUAGUAUUCCAGGGAGUAAAAAAUAAUGGUUAAUGAUUUCCAUAAAAACAAGAACCAUAUUGAUUCAAAACAGGCCAAAAAAUACGAGAAAUAAAUAGUUUCAUCCACAUUAGAAAACUGGUGAGACUAAAAAUUUGCCCACUAGCAUAUUUGCUUAUUAUUUUAUCUUGACCAAACUGUAAAUUGCAUAUGGAAUUUAGUUAACUAAUGUUUUGGAAAUUGCUUUAAGUAAUAUGACCAAAUUCCCUAAAUGACUUUGUUGCAUAAUGGGAGAUAAAAAAUUUUCUUUCUGCUCACCCUUUGGGACCCAAACUUCUAGAAAAAAGAAAAUUAUUUUAAAUAUGUUCUUCACUGUUGAGGUUAAAUAAAUGUUCUACAUUGUUGAGGAAGAGUUAGGUUAGGGUAGGUUGUUAGCUUGGUUAGCUAGGUUGGACUGAUGGUAGCAAUGCUUAAAACCCCUCCAAAGUUUGCUGUUGUGUACAUGUUGUAAUUUAAUGUUGGUGCUGUGUAAAAUUUAUCCAGAUAGUUGAUAACCAUAACUAAGAAACUGCUAAGCACUGAAUUAUAGAUAGCAGUGUGUACAGUAAGUACCUGUGGCAGUCAGGUCUGAGAUGGUGACCACUGCAGUGCUUAAAAUCUUCAAGAUGAGUACUUAUGCAUUCAAGUAUUACAACAGGUGAAGGACCUCCAGAGGACACCACCUACACUGUUGUCCUGCGGAUGCUGUCACUAACAGCUUUUGCAGAACUGCCAGUCCCUGACAGGAGAGUCUGGCUUUCUGUGAGGACCACAGCCAUCCACCCACCAGCAGUGGUGUUAGUCAUCCAGCCCUCAACUGCUGGUGUUGCUGGGGCCUCUGGAUUCAUUGUUGCUGUGGGUGCAGCAUGUGAAGUUUUAGCAGUGGACAUCAGUUUUUGAAGUCAUCCAUCUUACAGAUGACAUCACCCAGUGGUGAAUAACUGUUGCCACUCAUUCAUGUUAACAUGUAUUCAAUUUUGUUCUCCAGUGCAUACCUAUGAACAUUGUAUGUACAUUUAGCAUAUGAGCCAUACUUUUGAAUGGUCUGUAUUACAGUUGAUUAAUAUGGUAAUUAAAUGCCUUACUUGUGCAGUACAUUAUUA